UGUGGGAAUUCAAGCUCAGGAAGGUGAACCUGCAUCUGGGCAAAACAAAUUCAAAGUAUUAGGGCUGUCUAGCCACAAAUGCUCCCAGAGUCAACCAAGGCUACCAGACUCCAAUGUAAGGCAGUGCACUCCAGCUCUGGCCACCAGGAUUGCAUAUAGCCAUAGUGGGAAAGAAAGGAAGAAGGUCAUCUUCUGAGGGUAGCCAUGACGUGGAGAUGUAGUUGGUACAAAUGACACUUCAUUAUGGACAUCAAAACGAAUCUAGUUUCCAAUGACUCAAAGUCAGAACUAUGUACUACAUACAACUUUCAGAAUUCUGAUACUGCUGGACUUAGGUCUGUUCAACAACUAGAAUUUAAAACUAGUCUUCUUGAAGCGGUGGAAGAACUUCGUUUUCGUCGUGCUGCAGAAAGUCGAUAUGAAGAUCAGAUCAGAAACCUUGCGGUGGAAAAGCAAGAAUUAGAGUGGCAAAAGGAGUCAUUGCAGCAUCAGUGCAAUGUGUUGUCUAGUCAACAUGAAGAAGCUAUGGCUGUCCUAAAAAAGCAGUUUCAGACAAGAAUUAAUGCAGUGGAAGAGGAGAAGGGCAAGUUCCAGAUUAGCAUGGAGUCGAAAGAAAGAGAAAUCAGUGGAUUGAAGGAAGAAUUGAAAGGACUGCAGGUUUCCAAGUACAGCCUAGAAAAAAAACUAAGUGAACUGGAACAAAAGGUGCAGUUGCAGACUGUUGCGAAGGAUAAUCAGCUCAGUCAACUGAGUGAAGUGGAGAAACGUUUUGCAGCUAUAAGUCGUCAGUGUGGAUUGGUCAGACAGGCUCAUGAGAAGUUAGAACAGAAUGUGGAUGAAGCAACAAGAUUGAACAAAAAGCUAAUUACAGUGAAUAAACAUCAGGAGAAUAUGAUACACAACCUGAAACAGGAACUGGAGAAAGUAACUGCAAAUUUGAUAAGAUCCAAGGUCACUUCUCAGUGCAAACUGGGAGAAGAAAACAUCCAUGUUACAGAACAGCAACAGCAGCUAGAAGAACUGAAGGAGAAACUGCAGAUGAAAACAGAAUUAAACAAGAGGAUAUCUAGAGAUGCACUGACUUUUCAAGAAGGAAAAAAGGAAGUAUUGAAAUUACUUAAUCAAACUCAGCAGCUGCUUCAGCGUCAGGAACUGGCACUCAACAGAACUGAAAAAGAGUUAAAAGUUUAUGGAGAGAAGCAUCAGAUUCUGGAAAGGGAUAAUGAGCUACUCCGUCAGAAGGCAAAAGGAAAUGAAGAUAGAUUUCAGAUUCUUGAGAGGGAAAAUGAAAAGUCUACAGCUCGCUGGAAAAAGGAGGAGGAUCGAUUAAAUGAAGAAAAUCUCAGAAUAAAAUCUGAGUUAGAAUCAUUUAAAAAGGCUCAUGCCGAAUGUCAAGAGAUUCAAAGUAAGCUAUCUAUGCAGAAUGUACAACAAGGACAGCAAAUAUACAGAUUGCAGAAUAACUUAAAACAUUUUGAACAGCAUUCAGAACAGGAAAUAGCAGGAGAGCAGACUUGCGUUAAUGAAGCCUUAAUGGUUAAUGACAAUAAGAUUAAACAAGCAGGAAUGCAUAGCAUGAUAGAAGAAAAAAUAAAAGACGAGUCCAGUGAGAGAGACGACAUCAAUCAAGAGAUUAGCAUUCACAGUGAAGAUGGGAUGAUUAAUACAGAUAACAUAGUUACAAACAGUAAUAUAUGGUCACCAGAUACUGUCAACUCAGCUGCAAAAAUGCCAGAAAAAGCAACCGAUAAUGGAGCUGUGUUUGUGAAUGAAAGACAGUACACCAUUGUAUCAACUCUGACCAUUAAUGCUGGUGAGCCCAAUGACACCCGACAGGGUGAAACAGGAAACACUUGCAAUGAAGCUGAGUUUGCGAGUGCAAAAAUCAAUUUGCAGUGCACUUCUGUCUGUUUGGCAGAAGUCCCAACGAAAGGAGGAAAGAAGCUCCCAGACAGUGCUGAUGCAUUAGGUGUCUGCAGUGUAGAUAUCGGUCAGCAGACAGACUCCAUUACACACAAAGUUGAUGGAGGCAGAACUGAAGCAGUUUAUGAUAUGAACGAUAAGAUGAAAACUACACAAUGUGACAAAGGUGUCUUUAUAAAUGAAUCACCGAGGACUGAAGCCAAAGCAGCUGCUUGCUCCACUGAGAUUAUAACGAAGGAAGGUGAUGCAAAUAAAGUACGAGACGAUACAAUACAAUCUCAGCAAAGUAGUUUUGACCUUGUAUCCCACCCAGUACUUGAUGAAACUAAAAAUGAGCAGAAAUCCAGUUUACAAAAGCAGCAUGAACAUAGCCAAGCAAAUAUUCUGAUUGGAGAAAACUGUGCAAACGACAACAUCGUUGAACUUUGUCAAUUCCAUAAACCCUGCAGUAAAUCAGAUGUCAGUCCCAUAAAACUGCCCACUGACCACUGCAUUCCAUCAAUUGCAUCCUGUAAAAUUAACAGUAGUGUUGAUGUUGACAGUAAACCCCAGUCAGACAUUUCAGUUAAAAUAGGGAAUCUUGGGUCUAACAACCAUGAGGAAGAUAUUAUCAAGGAAAUCAGUAGUAAUGCACAAAACAAUCUUGUUAGUACUGAUGAUCAGCAGAAAGAACCGCAUAAUCUGGAAACUAUGAUUUCUGACAGUGAAGCAAAUCAAGAUAUUCAGGUAAUGGUGUCCAAUGCUGAAGCUUUGGGAAACCAGAAACAAUUGCUAGGUAACUUCACACAAAGUGAUGACUGUUUAAUUAUGACAAGUAUCCAUUCACCAAACUUCAUAUGUAAUACUGACCAUAGUAUGGUUUUAGCCCCAAUCUCCCAAAGUACAGAGGAAACUAAUGGCAGUGCAAAUGGUUUUGAAUCCACUGCGGAAAGUCAGCAAACAGCAGCUACUAAAAUGGAUUUGCAUGCUGAAGUACUAGAAUCAAGAGCUACUUCCAAGCUAACAGAAAAUAAAUUAAAGCCCAGCUUUAUAAAUGCUUCAAUUAACCUGGUUGCAACCAUUGCUUUAGAUCACAAGAAUAAAACAUCAACCUCUGACAUAAAGUGCCCAAGCACCAAGGCACCAAGUCAAAGUGGCUGGAAACUUUGUGAACUGCCUUUUUUAGAUUCUGGGGAAGAAAAGGAUAUGUUGAAUAAAGCCGCAACAUCACUCUCAGUUUCAUUACUGAGAGACAAAUUGGAGGAUCCUGAUGUAAGCAGAAGAAUCCCUUCAGCAUUUACUUUUCCAAAACAAAUCGGUGAAAUAAGUUUGAGAAAUUCUAGUGCAACAGAUUCUCCCAGUACUAAAAGGCUAAAUGACACUUUUAAUACCUCCAGUAUUCCUCUUUACCCCAAGAGAAAUUCUGGUGAGUGGAAUACAACAGCACAGACAUUUUCUGAUUUUUCACAGCCUGCAGAUCAGGAAAAACUAUGUUCAUCCUCCAGAGAAGGUUCCACGAUUCCUUUUUCAUCUGCUUCAAUGAAACAUCAGGGACAGUUUACAGAAACUUCUUCUAUUUCUUGUUCCCAAUCAUACUUUCAUCCCCUAUCACCAGAGGUUUCGACGUCUAACACUAUGCCUGCCACUCCAGUGUUACUAUUUGAGGAGGAAGCGGAUCCUCAGUAUGCCAUCAUCAAAGGACAUAUUAGCAAAAUCGAAAGGUUUCUUAGUCUGGACCGGCUCAAGCACACACGGAAAAGGAAAGCUGAAUGUGUAAUCAAGAUAACACCAACUUAA